UGUGUGUGUGUGCGUGCGUGCGUGCGUGUGUGUGUGUGCGUUCAUGCAUGCCAGUGUGUGGUGAAAGAAACAGAUGACACAGCUAAAGGGUUAAUUGCUAACUCCCAGGCUGGAGCCUCUGGAGGACCACGCCCAUCCCAGAGUUCAAUGGGCCGAAGGUCUCUUGUCCUCCGCUGCUUCGGUCAAGACAGCGAGCAAGAAGACACCUGACCACCUCUAAACCUCUACCAAGCUUCUCCAGCCCUGUCUGAUCCUGUCUUCACGCGCAGCUGAACAACUCCCAGCCUCUGUUAGGCCAGUCGGCAAACCCACUCUACUCAGCCAGGAGUUACUGAACACGGGGAGCAGAGAGACCUUGGCCCCUCUCGUCCAGAACAGAACCAAACAGACACAGGCUUUUAUGAAGGUCAUCUAGACAGACUGUCCAGUAUGGCAAACAAGGUGACCCAGAUAUCACGAGAGGACCUGGAGGAGCUCCGAGAGGCUUUCAACAGGAUCGACACUGACAACAGCGGUUUUGUCAGUGACUUUGAGCUGCAGGAGCUGUUCAGAGAGGCUAGUUUCUGCAUGCCAGGCUACAGAGUCAGAGACAUAGUGGAGAUCUUCGUAGCAGGAGACACCAACAAGGACGGGAAGAUCAGCUUUGAAGAGUUUGUCUCGAUCUACCAGGAGCUGAAGAGUAAGGAGCUCAGUGAGACGUUCAAGAAAACCAUCGCCAGGAGAGAAGGGAUACAAUCCUUUGGAGGAUUGUCAGGAAUCUCCAGCGAGGGAACACAGCACUCCUACUCAGAUGAGGAGAAGGUGGCGUUUGUGAACUGGAUCAACAAGUCUCUGGCCAAAGAUGAAGACUGUAAACACCUUCUACCCAUGAACCCUGACGGAGACAGUCUCUUCAAAUCAGUAAAAGAUGGGAUCCUGCUCUGUAAAAUGAUCAACCUCUCCCAGUCUGACACCAUCGAUGAGAGAGUCAUCAACACCAAGAAACACACCACCUUUACCAUGACCGAGAACCUGAUGCUGGCGAUAAACUCUGCGUUGUCUAUCGGCUGUACCGUGGUCAACAUCGACGCCCCUGACCUGAUGGCUGGGAAACCCCACCUGGUGCUGGGGCUGCUUUGGCAGAUUAUCAAGAUAGGACUGUUUGCUGAUAUAGAGAUCAGCAGCAACGAAGCUCUUAUUAACCUGCUGUCUGAGGGGGAGGAGUUAGAGCACCUGAUGUCAUUGUCUCCUGAAGAACUGUUGCUACGCUGGGUCAACCAUCACCUAGGCAACGCUGGGGCCCAACCAAUCAGCAACUUCAGCCAAGACAUCAAGGAUUCCAGGGCGUAUUUCUACCUGUUGGACCAGAUCUCACCUAAAGGAGAGGACUUAGACGAGAUGGCCAUCCUCAUCGAUAUGACCGGCAUCAAUGAGCGUGACGACGAACGCAGGGCAGAGAUGAUGCUUCGCCAGGCAGCCCGUCUGGACUGCAGACAGUUUGUCUCUCCUAUGGAUGUGGUGUCUGGCAACAGCAAGCUGAACCUGGCCUUCGUAGCCAACCUCUUCAACACACACCCGGCCCUGAAGAGGACUAACAGCAACAACAUAGACACAGCACUCAUAGAGGGAGAAUCCAGAGAGGAGAAAACAUUCAGGAACUGGAUGAACUCUCUGGGAGUUGCUCCCUAUGUUAACCACCUCUACUGUGACCUGUGUGACGCGGUGGUGAUUCUCCAGUUGUAUGAGAAAGUCAACGUCCCUGUAGAGUGGAAAAAAGUCAACAGACCUCCAUACUCUGCACUGGGCAGUAACAUGAAGAAGUUGGAGAACUGUACCUAUGCAGUGGAACUGGGUCGGAAUAAAGCUCGAUUCUCAUUGGUGGGAAUUGGAGGAGUGAAUCUGAACGAGGGAAGUCCCAUGCACACACUGGCUCUGGUCUGGCAGCUAAUGAGGAGGUACACUCUCCAGGUGUUGUCUGAUCUAGGAGAUGGGGAGAAGAUUGGAGACCAGAUCAUAAUCAACUGGGUCAACACUCAGCUCAAAGAGGGAGGCAAGGACUCACAGAUCAGCAGCUUCAAGGAUAAGCUGAUCAGUACUAGUCUCCCAGUGAUAGACUUGUUAGACACCAUCGCCCCCAAAUCUAUCAAAGAGGAGCUGGUGAAGAGAGGGGAGCUCAGCGAUGCAGACAAGCUCAACAACGCCAAGUACGCUAUCACGGUAUCCAGGAAGAUCGGAGCCCGUGUCUACGCUCUGCCUGAUGACCUGGUCGAGGUGAAACCCAAGAUGGUUCUGACUGUGUUCGCAUGCCUGAUGGGGAGGGGCAUGAAGAAAGCUGACGGCUGAACACACACACACACACACACACACGCUCAGACACACUAACAUACACCAACAGCCUGUCCCAAUUUGCUCCAAGCCCUUUACCCUCUUCCUGUCUCCUGCUCAUCUCGUCUGUGAUUAGAUCAGUGUAUAUAAUCAGAGAAUCAGAGCACAGCUGAUUGUUCAUUAAACAUUUAUUUCAGUUAUGUUCCCAAGGAGGCACUGAUGGGUCAUUUUAAUAUCUCUAAAUGAUUCAUGUAUUAAUUCAUUCUGUAUAAAAGAAACCACAGAAUAGAAUUAUAAAUCUAUAUAGUGGAGGGGACAUGAACCCUUUGGUUUCAAUCACACACAUGCGCACAUACACACACCUUACAGAAUGAACAGUACAGACAUGCUGCAGACCUGUAAAUGUUGUGUAAUUCUCUUGACUUAGUAAACGCAAUCUACCGACGAUAACAGACUGACAUUUUGUUCAUGCAAAUUGUGUGUGUGUGGGAGGGGUGGUGCAUUUUUGAAUACUCAAUCAUAAACAUGUAUAAUAAAACCCAUUUAACAAA